CAGUGUAGCCCGGGCGUUGGAGCUUUUCUUGGAGUCGCUGUUACGGAAAGCGUGUCACGUCACCCAGUCCCGUAACGCCAAAACCAUGACCACCUCCCACCUGAAGCAAUGCAUCGAGCUGGAACAACAAUUCGAUUUCCUGAAGGAUUUGGUGGCAGCCGUCCCCGAUAUGCAGGGGGAGGGCGAGGAGCCCCACGGCGAGGGCGAGCGGGGACCCCGAAGGGGUCGCCGCCCGGGCGCCGGCCGAAAGAACGGGGGUCCUGGGGCGAAGGGGAAGGACCCCAAACAGUCGGGGACGUCUCCUGAUGUCACCUUGGGGUCCCCCGACGGCACCGCCAUCCCCGGUGCCACCCACGUCACCAUUGAUGGCGCACCGGGGUCCCCUGAUGGCAGCCGUGUCCAGCCUGAUGCCACCCUGUGGUCCUCUAAUGGCACCUUGAGACCCACUGGUGCCACCCUGGGGCCCACUGGUGCCACCCUGGGGUGGUCCAAUGGCACCCUGGGGUCCCCCGAUGCCCCCCUGGGGUCCUGCCGGCGCUACGUGGCCUCGUCCCUCGCCAACGACAGCACCGACCCCCGGCCCACCGAGCCUUGCCGUGACGGUUGGGACUACGACCGCAGCAUCUACGUGGCCACCAUCGUCACCGAGGUGGGGACGGGGACACGGGGAGGGGUGAGGUGUGUGGGGGGGGGGGAGGGUGGGACGAUGACCACAGCGUCCAUGUGGCCACCAACAUCUCCAAGGUGA